CGCAUAGCCAUACUCUGAUAGUACUCACAUCAACAUAACAUUUCUUUGUUAACUGAUACACAUUUACACAAAUGCUUACACUUCAUACUGUAUUGCUCUUUUGUGUUCAAGAAAGAUGUACAAAAUAGAACCAAUCAUCAAAUACACUUAUUUUGGCUCACUUCCUCUUUACUUUUGGAUACUUGAUUGGAUACAUAAGUAAUAACAUCAAUAACAGGCUCUUAUAGCAGCACAUGUGGAAAUUGACAUUAAAAUUAGAAAGUAUAAAAAAAAUUCACAGUAGUUAGAAAAAUGGCGAGUAGUGAGGAAAUACCGAAUGAACAAACAUUAUUUUUAAGAAAUAGAAAAACAAUUAGAAUAAAUGAUGAUAGAAAAGGUGAUAAAAUUACGAAUAAUAUUGAAAAAUCAGAGUUUAAUGAAGAUAAACAUCGACUACGGGGUGAAACAGAAGAUAGUUUUCCAAGUAUUAAUGAAAGACCCGUUGAAGAUAUUUCAAUCGAAUUUUUUUAUAAACCACACACAAUUACACUACUUCUUAUUUCAAUUGGUGCUGUAAUCUAUUUUGCCUUUGUCAGGGAUAAUAAUGAUCUAGAUGAUAAUAUAUGGGCUGGUAUUAUAUGUGUUAUUUUUUUCUUCCUAAUAAUAUCAGUACUAACGUUUCCAAAUGGACCAUUUACGAGACCUCAUCCUGCUGUUUGGAAAAUUGUUUUUGGCUGUAGUGUUCUUUACCUCAUGUUUUUACUAUUUUUAUUAUUCCAAAACCAUGAAACAGUCAGAAAGAUAUUUGUUUGGAUAGAUCCAGAAUUAGAAUCAUUUCAUAUUGACAUGGAUAAAGAAUAUGCUGUUAAUUGCUCAGAUUUAACCAUUGAGAAAUUAUGGAAUUCUAUGGACAUAUAUGCUGCUGCUCACUUCCUUGGUUGGGUAUUUAAGGCUGUUUUAAUUCGUCAUUUUGGAUUAUUAUGGGCAACUAGCAUUAUGUGGGAAUUGACUGAAAUGGCCUUUGCUCAUUUGUUACCCAAUUUUGCUGAAUGCUGGUGGGAUGCUGUUUUAUUAGAUGUAUUAAUAUGUAAUGCUUUAGGAAUAUGGGUUGGUUUAAAAAUUUGUGCCAUGUUAGAAAUGCGUGAAUAUAAAUGGGCCAGUAUACGUGAUAUUGAAAGUACUACAGGUAAACUUAAAAGAGUAGUUCUCCAAUUCACACCAGAAAGUUGGACUGCAGUCAGAUGGUUAGACCCAACUUGUACUUAUAUGCGCUUCGUUGCUCUUUGCCAACUAGUCAUUUUUUGGCAAAUAUCUGAACUAAAUACUUUUUUCCUGAAACACAUUUAUGAGUUUCCACCGUCACAUCCAUUUGUAGCAGGACGAUUGAUAUUAAUUGGCGUUAUUGUUGCACCCUCUGUCCGGCAAUACUACAUGUAUGCUACUGAUCCAACUUGUAGUCGAGUUGGAACUCAAUGUUGGGUAUAUAACGCAAUUAUGGUAACUGAGUCCUUGCUAUGUAUUCGACAUGGUGCUGAGCUCUUUGAACGUACUCAAGCUUUGAAUAUUAUAAUCUGGCUUUUGUGUCAGUCAUUAAUAUCUGUUCUAUGUGUCUACGGAUGUGUACUUUGGCACAAAUAUUUUGAGACGGGCAAUCAAACUCGAUUAACUCUUCAAGACGAGGGCCCAAUAAAAUCAUCCUUGCGUGAUAAUGAAAAAUUGGAAAGUGCUAAGAAAGAAUGUACGGAUCCAUUGAUUAUGGAGAAUAAUAAAAAUCUAUAAAAAAAAAAAAAGCCAAAAUAAAUUACAAUAAAAGCAAAUGUAAUUUAACACAAUAACUAUCUAGUCAUAAAGUUUCUUUUUAUUUCAUAAUUAUUAUUAUUGAUAAUAAUAAUCAUAAUAAUUAUCAUAAUCAUAGAAUAAAAUAUAAUUGAUGAACAUGACUACUAAGUAAAGAAAAAAAAAAAAUAAUAAAAUAAUUACCAUGGGUAAAAAUAUUUUUAAUUAAUAGAAAUUUGUACGUUUUCCAUUAUAUCUCUAUCAUAAUUAAGAUCUGGGAAAACAUCACAAAGAGAUAUUGGAAGCGUUAGUGACCCUUCCGGACAAUUCCAGGCUUCGCCGAUAUUUUUAUUAUUUACUGCUACUGCAAAUAUGCGGACACGAUUAGGUAAUGUAGAUAUUUCAUACGAAAAAAUGUUAAAAUCUUCAAGUCGAGAUUUAGUACAAUAUGUCUGUAAAUA